AUGCUAUUACGACGACUUACACAAACCGCUACACUCAAUAACCGGCAAUAUCAAAAAGCGUAUCGCUAUACCGGAAUUCGAUCAUUCUUCUCGACCCAGAAGGUAUCAACCGAAGAUGGUGAAAAAGGAAGAAUGAACAUUAGAGUGAUUGAGGAUGUGCGUGGUAUUAUGCGUAAAGUACCUCAACCCGUUGUAGCAGUAACAACGUGCUCCCCUGAAGAUCCUACACAACGAAGAGGAAUUACUGUUUCAAGUUUUACGUCUAUAUGCCUUCAUCCGGAACCACUUGUUUCUUUCUGCGUUCGUACACCAUCGCGUGCAUCUGAACUACUUCAUUCGUCAGGAAAAAUGGUCGUAAAUGUUUUGAGCCAUGAACAAGUUCAACAAUCUAUAGCAUUUUCUUCGCCAGGCUCUGAUCAGUUCAAGGAUAUUCCGUUCUACGACGAUCCGAGCACUGGCUUACCAGUAUUGAUGGGAACAGUAGGAUCUAUGUAUUGUAAGACAUUCAAGGUUUUAAAACUAGGCGAUCAUGAGUUAUGGAUUACACAAGUGCUUAAAGUUGAUGAAGGAGUUGGUAGUACAGAGGGAAGAUGCGAAGAAGGGCAACCGCUGCUGUAUCAUGACCGACGAUACCGUAGCGUAGGAGAACAGGUGUUUAUGAAAGCUUUCGAAGAUUCGACACUCGAUACUUCCCAAUGGACUCAUAGAGCACAUGUACGCAUGGCAUGGAAUCAUUUGCGAGAGCUUGGGAUAAGAGAUGCAUCAACUGUUAUAAAGCGUACUAUUCGAACACAUUUUGAAAAGAACCCGAACAAGCUUAAAUAUCACGACACAAUCUCAUCUUUCUAUAUACACCUCGUUGAUCUCGCUAUUAGACAGGAUGAUCAUGAUAAUGAUGACUUCUUUGGAUUUAUAGAAAGAUUCCCUGUUCUUGUCGAUCGUACUAUUAUACAACAGUACUAUUCGUCUUCAUUGCUUGCUUCAGACAAAGCGCGCGAACAGUUUGUCCCUCCUGACCUCAAGCCAUUUCCUGCCCAACUUCCUUCGUCUAGUUAA